CCCAAAGCGUAUGUAUCAAUCAUUUCGUAUGAGUAAGAUGAAUUUCUUUUCACUUGUUUACCAACUUGAGCAUAAUUAUGGGUUGCAAGUAUCCGAGCGAAUCUUAGUUGCUGAGCAAGUAACUAUCUUUCUCUGGAUAAUGGGCCAACGAGCUAAUAAUAGAAAUGCCCAAGAACAUUUUCAACAUUCAGGGGAGACUAUAUCAAGGCAGUUCCAUAAUGUGCUAAACGCCCUCAAUGCCAUGGCUAUCGAUUGGGUUAGACCAUGGCCUCAACAAGGAGUGCAUAGCAAAAUAGCUAACAAUCCAAGAUAUUAUCCACAUUUCAAGGAGUGCAUUGGGGCUAUUGAUGGCACUCACAUAAAAGCCCACCCACCUACGGACGACCCCAUACAGAAAUGGAUUGGUUGUAAAGGAUAUCCAACACAAAACAUUAUGGCCGCAUGUGACUUUGAUAUGUGCUUCACGUUCGUGUUAUCGGGAUGGGAAGGAAGUGCGCACGACACAAGAAUUUUUUAUGAUUGUAUAAGGAAUCCUACGUUAAAGUUUCCAACACCACAAGGAGGUUAGUCCUGUGA